AUGUUUUCCUCCGAUGAGAAGUUACGGCCACGGGGGUAUCCAAAGUUUUUUGGACCGAUCUUGAAAGACACAGAAGAAAAUCUGGUCAUCUUGUAUACCAAGAACAACUGCAACGAAUCGAAAACAAUGCGGGAUCGUUUAAAAAACGAAAAGAUAAAUUUUGUCGAAAAGAACAUUGACAACCUUUCAAAAGAGAACCCACAGGCUGCAAAGGAUUAUGCCCUUGGAUUGCGAGUGAUCGCACAAAAGCAAAGCAUGCCGCAGCUUUUCGAGUUGACCACCCUUCAUUAUAGGUCAAGCAUGGGAGGUUCAACUUCGCAGCAUAAACAAGAAUUGCCAAAGAUUUGUGAUCCAAUCGUCGAAGAAGUUCGCCAAAAUUCAGUUGUUAUGUAUUCUACAACAUCUUGUGGUUAUUGUAAAAUGGCGAAGGAUUUGUUGAGAAACGAAGAGAUAGAGUUUGUUGAAAAGGAUAUUGAAGCAAUGCAUAAGAACAGCCCCGAGCAAGCGACUCAAUACGUAAAAGCGCUGCAAAUUAUCACAAAGAAAACUACAGUUCCGCAGAUUUUUAUCUGCAAACAGCACAUUGGUGGUUAUACGGAUCUUGACAAAGUUCGUCCACGUUUGCACGAAAUGAUAUCAAGAUGUGAUCUUAAUCACAAGAAGCCUUCCCGAAGUGUAAAAAACGAGAAAAGUAUGCUC